GUCACACGUGCGCAUCCAAUUCACAUCCCAGCUCCAGACAACCACCACGUCAAUUGACACCGCGCAAAAGCCUCAUUCAGCUCAGUAACACCAAAUCAACCCUCAUACAACUAACUGUACCAAGAAAAGUAGAAACCAUUUCUGCAAUGGUGACCCUCGAAGAAGCCACCGGACUUCUCCAAAAGCCAGCCGACGCUACCGCAUCCUCGUCGAAUCUCGUCCGCGCCCCGUCGACCUACAAACCCCUUCACACCUUUGACCUCCCCAAGGACCGCUCGUACCAGCAGCAGUAUGCCGAUGUCUACUUCCUGCGCCUCACCUCCAUCCGGCCCGCCGUCGACGCAGUCGCAGCCGAGGCAUGGGAUGGCACCGUCAUAGGCGGCGAGGAGGCCCGUCAUGUGAACCGUGUUCUCGACGUCCGUCAGGGCGAGCUGUGCUGGGUGACGGGGACGGUCUAUAUGGACAUGGCGUUGAAGCCCAAUAUCUUGGAGGACGUUUCCAAGGAUCGUUGGAUCUCUGCUCCCAUCUCCACGGACCGCUACUUCUCGGACGAAGACGAGGACACAAUCAUGCUCGAAGACGACUCGGGUCGCAUCCGCCUCGUCGGCGACAUCCUCAAGUCCAUCCACCUCGUCACGGGCACAAUCAUCGGCGUAAUGGGCUCCGAAAACGCAAACGGCGAGCUCGAAGUCUUCGACGUAAAGUUCCCAGACAUUGCGCCCCAACCAACCCGCUGGACCCUCGCAGACAACCCCUCCGAAGAUCACGACAUGUCCGGCACCACCACCUCUACACCAUCCCAACAACGCCCCUCCUCCAAGAUCGCCAUCGUCUCGGGCCUCUCCUUCUCAGGCACAGGCGCCUCCUACGCCCUCGAACUCUCCCUCCUCCAAGAAUACCUCCUCGGCGAGGCCCUCUCCCCAGCGACCCAAUCCGAACUCACCACCAUUUCCCGCCUCAUCAUCGCAGGAAACUCAAUCGACACCACCGCCGCCGCAACCGAAACCACAAACAACAACACCACCAGCACAACCAACGGCAGCAGCAAAGCCUCAACUACCAACAAAAAAUACGGCUACGAUGCGAGCGCGUACAACCCGCUCCCAAGCCAACUCUUCGACGACUUCCUCGCCGACCUCCUCCCCUCCCUCCCCGUCACCCUCAUGCCAGGCACCCAGGACCCAGCCAACGCAAGCUACCCGCAGCAACCGAUCCAUGCGGCAAUGUUCCCGCGCUCGCGGCCCUACUGCGCCGCGCCGGACGCCAAAGAAGCGGGCUGGCUCGAUACCACGACGAACCCCUGGGAAGGCGAGGUCGACGGCUGGAGGGUCCUCGGCACGGGCGGCCAAAACAUCGACGACGUCUUCAAGUACGUCGACAGCGACGACCGGCUCGGUAUGAUGGAGGCCAUGUGUAGGUGGCGGUGCAGUGCGCCGACGGCGCCGGAUACACUUUGGGCCUAUCCCUUUCAAGACGACGACCCGUUCGUCAUGAAGAAUGCGCCGCAUCUCUUCUUCGUCGGCUGCCAGCCCGAGUUCUCUACCAAGGUUAUUGAGGGCGGCGACGGGCAGCAGGUCCGGCUCAUCACUGUGCCGUCCUUUGCGGAGACCAAGGAGCUGGUGUUGGUGGACACGGAGACGUUGGAGGUUUCAAAGGUCAAGAUCACGGCGGCGUCAGCUUCAGCAGCGGCAUCAUGACGGACAGUGAGAGAGAGAGUGCUAGGAAUGGCUGUGGAGGAGAGCAUACAAAAAGGUUUAUGAUUUGAUAUACCCCCC